AAAAAACAACAAAAAAAAAUAAAUAAAUAAAGAUGCUGCUUCAAGCUUCAACUGGCAUCAUCAAGCUGUGGUGGAGAGAGAAGAGAGGUAGAGCACAUCAUAAACUCCCUUCUAUUUUCCCCACUUGUAUAACAAAAAACCCAUCAAAUAAAUCUUCACAUUGUUCAUUAUAUAUCCCAAUUUACUACUUUUCUCACAAAUUUAAUUUCAUCAAGAAUAUCAAAAUCAAAGUUAGUGGGAUUAUUUUUGUUUAGUGGGUUGAAUUCUUGACGGAAAAGCGAAAAAUACCCAAGAAUUUAUGUGGGUGAAUUUGCUACAAUUUGUCGAUAUUUUUUAAUCCCCCAUUGAAAAUAUUAAGAAAGUUGAAAAGGGUUUGCCUUUUGGAGAUUGAUAAAUUCAUAGUAUUGAUAAGAUUGUGCAUGUAAAAAGGAGGAGAAUAUACUAAGUUGUUAUUGGAUUUGAUUUGAUAAGAAGAACAACAUAAUGCCUCUUACUUUACUAUGGGUAGUGUCUCCAACCACAGAGGUGUACAGUGGGUUUGGAGUAGCAGAAUCAUUAGUUAGUCGUUCGAUUUCGAAUGGGAGAUCAAAGAGGAUGUGUAAGAAGCAAGAGAGUUGGAAUUCUUGGACAUAUAAUGUUGCAAAACAUCAAAAGAGGAGUGGAUUCCCUGUGCUUUCGAGCAUGGUUGCGAAUCCAACCGGAGAAAUGGCGGUUUUGUCAUCUGAGCAAAGAGUGUAUGAUGUGGUGUUGAAGCAGGCGGCGUUGGUAAAUAGGGAGUUAAGGUCGCGUGAUGAUCUUGAUGUUGAUGUGAAGCCUGAUAUUGUUGUCCCUGGGACUUUAUCCUUGCUUAAUGAGGCUUAUGAUCGGUGUAGUGAAGUUUGUGCCGAAUAUGCCAAGACAUUUUACUUGGGAACUCAGCUUAUGACCCCUGCGAGGCGAAAGGCUAUCUGGGCAAUAUAUGUGUGGUGUAGGAGGACCGAUGAGCUUGUCGAUGGGCCAAAUGCUUCACACAUAACACCUACUGCUUUGGAUAGGUGGGAGACAAGGUUGGAAGACCUUUUCAGAGGUCGUCCCUUUGAUAUGCUUGACGCUGCCUUAUCUGACACUGUCACUAAGUUUCCUAUUGAUAUCCAGCCAUUCAAAGACAUGAUUGAAGGAAUGAGGAUGGAUCUUAGGAAGUCUAGAUACAAGAACUUUGACGAGUUAUACUUGUAUUGCUAUUAUGUUGCUGGAACUGUUGGAUUGAUGAGUGUUCCUGUCAUGGGCAUAGCACCUGAAUCAAAGGCGUCAACCGAAAGUGUCUACAACGCUGCAUUAGCUUUAGGGAUUGCAAAUCAGCUCACUAAUAUUCUUCGAGAUGUUGGAGAAGAUGCAAGGAGAGGACGGGUUUAUUUGCCACAAGAUGAAUUGGCGCAGGCAGGUCUUUCAGAUGAAGAUAUAUUUGCAGGAAAGGUAACAGAAAAAUGGAGGACAUUCAUGAAGAAACAGAUCAAGCGAGCCAGGAUGUUCUUUGAUGAAGCAGAGAACGGGGUUUCAGAACUUAGUGCAGCUAGCAGAUGGCCGGUUUGGGCAUCAUUGCUUCUGUAUCGUCAAAUACUGGAUGAGAUCGAAGCUAACGAUUACAACAACUUCACAAAGAGGGCUUAUGUUGGCAAAGCCAAGAAGCUUCUGUCGUUACCAAUAGCUUAUGCAAAAUCCAUCGUUCCACCUCGAUCAACGACCAACCUUGCAAAGGCGUAGAAUUCAAGCAAACAAGUAAUGACCAGAGUAGUGGAUUCCAUUGUAAAGCUUGAGAUAUGUAUAUACACUGAAAAUACCUACAUUCAUAAAUGUUACGAAAAUUCUUUAGAACUGGUACCAGUAAAAUUGACAUUUUUGUUCGAAACCAUCGUCAAGCUUGUACUUAAUCUUGUGGUAGGAUUAAAGGGGCGCCGACAACAGAUUUGUAGGUUCGUGAUGCGAAGAGUGUUUCUCAACAAUUGUAACAAAGAUGAGAAACAUUUCCCAUUUUGACAAGAUGAUAUAUGAAUUAAAAAAUGUGAAAGGAAAUUCAUUUA